UCUCUCUGAAUCUGACUCCCCCUUUUUCCACUCCCUGUUUGGAAGAGGCCCAGGGAAAAGGGAAAAGGCAGGCUGCAGCCAGCCGGAGCCCCCUGCCUGUCUGAGCCAGGAGCCCAGGUGGGGUAAGAACCUCAGCCCCAGGAUGUUGACAACGUUCCUGCUACUUCUGCGUCUGCUGCUCCUGCCCGGCUGGGCCUUUUGUAGCCAGGAAGCCUCCGAUGGCCCUCGGAACCUCCACAUGCUCCAGAUCUCCUACUUCCGUGACCCCUAUCAAGUGUGGCACCGGGGCAACGCGUCGCUGGGGGGACUAAGGACGCACGUGCUGGAAGGCCAGGGCACCAACGUCACAAUCCUCCAGCUGCAGCCCUUGGAGGCGCCCGAGAGCUGGGUACACACAGAGGACCGUCUGAAGACCUACCUGAACGAGUUCCAAAUGAUGGUGCGGCUUGUGCACCAUGAGCGGCGCUUGACCUUUCCUCUGACCGUUCGCUGUUUCCUGGGCUGUGAGCUGCCUCCUGAGGGCUCUCCAGCCCAAGUCUUCUUCGAAGUGACUGUGAAUGGGAGUUCCUUUGUGAAUUUCCAGCCAGAGACAGCCUUAUGGGUAGCAGGGCCCCAGGCACCCUCCAAGGUGGUCACCUACACUCUUCAUCAGCUCAACUCCUACAAUCGUACUCGGUACGAACUGCGAGAAUUCCUGCAGGACACCUGUGUGCAGUACCUGCAGGAAUAUAUCACUUCGAAAAACUCAAAAGGGAGCCAAACAGGCCGCUCCUACACUUCACUGGUCCUGGGUGUCCUGGUGGGCAGUUUCAUCAUCGCUGGUGUGGCUGUAGGCAUCUUCCUGUGCACAGGUGGACGGCGGUGUUGAUUACUCUCCAGCCCCCCUCUGAAAAAGGGCUGGACUGACAGGGGCUGGCAAGGGAAGAUCUCAGCUCAUGACAAAACCGAACAGAUUCCCCAUCUGGGAUAUUAUAUCCCAGAAGGUUUGGCAUGGCAGCUCCUUUUCCCUGCUCGGCCCACCAAGAGUUUGGGGGAGGGGAAGGGAAGGGAAGGGAGGAAGCUAGGUAGACAGAGUUCUUGGUUUGCUGAGCACCUAAGAACUUGCAUGCUUUGGCUGAACUGGUCUGAGAAGCGAAUGCUUAUCUAUCUUUGUGGAAAACAGAUGAUGGAGUUGGGUGGGGGUGGGGGAUGUCUAUGAUACAGCCUUCAUAGACAGAAUUACCUGAGGCAUUCAAAACACCUAACAAAUAUGAGAAGUCCAUCCACAACCAAAAUAAACAACAUUCAGUGCUUCCAGGCACAUCAGACUUGGGAUGGGACGCUGGUAAUAAUAGAGGUAGACAGAAAUAACCAGAGAAAUGGUGAAAGUGUAAAAUAUAAGUAAUAUGGGAGCAAAGAGUUAUUAACUACUUAAUAAUAUUAUUAAUAAAUUCAUUACUUAUGUA